AUGGCAGAAGAAUGCUGUUUUGAUUCUUAACCAACAAUCAAUUCUGAUGAGGAUGAGAAGAUGAUUGAUGUGCUGACAUUUCCUACUAACUUUUUUUUAUUUAGUGAAGCCAGUACUCAAUCACCCUCAAACUCUGAAUAAGCUAAUUGUCCAAUUACAUCACCAAGAUAUAAAUUCAUGGGUCAAUAGUACAGUGCAGAAUUUCUAGAACAGAAUAAUGACAUUAGAACUUUUAAAGAUUUAAAACCACUCCAAGGUGACUAAAGCACAGCCAGUUAAAUUAAUAAGCGCUCUAACCUUGAAAAUUUAUCCAUUAAAAUUAACAGUUCGAAACAGUAAUUUAUAACUCAGAAAAAAAAAAAUUCUGAUCGCUUCUAUCAAAGAAAUUGCUAAGAAAAACCAGGAAAUAGGAGUAAAGAUAGACAACAGUUAUCUUUGACAACUAGAUCCAAUAAUUUAAAUGAAAACAAGCUGUUGUCCAAUAAAUUAAAUGGUGUUAUACAGGUUAGUUGUUUAAAAGGAGCAAUGAGUGAAAAUUUAAAAAUUCCACAACAAAAUAAUUUUGAUAUAUUCUCUGGAAGAGCUUCAAAUAAAAAUGUCUGUUUCAAAUUUACUAUGGAAUAAAUUAAAUCCAUGAGAAAAAACAAUAAAUUAAAUAUAUUCAGUACAUCCAACGGAAAACUUUUUCUUAUUUGA